GAAAAUACAGACGGACUAGAUGGUAAAUAGUGAAUGUACCCGGUUAAGUGCUACAUCUGGAAAAUACAGACGGACUAGAUGGUAAAUAGUGAAUGUACCCGGUUAAGUGCUACAUCUGGAAACUACACAGUACGAAGAACGAUAAAGAGAAGGCGACUUUUCCUACUCCGGGAAGCCCUCUCUGCUUGAGAGUGGUUCCCGACAAGGGCUGUUGGACACACUUCCUAAAGUGGAUCAAUUCGGACUGGUUUCGUUGUUCCGACGUGUCUGUGUUGAUGUUAUUGACAAAUGACAUGCAAGUCAGCUAAUAUUGGAUUGCAUACUUAGGGUAUUUACUGAACACUUCGAUUAUCCUGCAAUUUUGAUUUAAUCUGUUGUGUUUUCCUUUUGCGCUUUAUAGAGGUGAAACGGAGUAUCGCAAUCAGCCAAGGGAUCUAAUAUGUGGCUUGUGGGUAGUGGAGUGGCAUUAAUACAACUAUAUAUACAUUUGGGUGGAGACAGAACUUCACUGUUUAGAAGUAAUAAAUCCAUCUAUAACGGGUCAGACUAACCCACAACUUCCCAGUAUGUGACCGCACGUGUUUGCACGCUCAUGCUGUCAAUACGCAUACACGAAUAGUGAAAUAGGUGUUGUUUUCACCUUGAUAGAUAGGGGGGAAAAGGGCCAAAUAGUUGUUUGGGAUUAUUUUGACUUUGUAUGUGGAUGUAUAUGCUGUAAGCUUUAAGGAGUGACACGACAUCGCUUGAUAGAAUUCCAUUGUCUAGUAUAUGAAUGUGAUUGCGUCAUGGAAGCGGAUCUACCCGAAAUUAAGAUGUGAAAACAUCAGACAAAUUGUUGUGUACUGAAUUCAGAAUAUGGUUUAUGGAUCCAUGCCAUAUGUAUUGUUGGCACCGAAAUACCUUUUAGGUUUCCUGUGAUGUGAACAUAUCCAUGUGUUGUAGCCUGUUAUAAGGUAAUACGACGGGGUUAAUACUACCAAUAGAGGUAAAGUGCUUCCUUAAUGCCCGAUUCGAACACAUUUAGUGGAAGUUACUAUCGGAAAAAUUCAAUCAAGCUGUAUCCAUUCCGGUGUCCCGGCGAAGGGCCACAAUGACGGGUUCUGUAACAUUUACUGAGUACCUCCAUUGAUUAAUGUGCCACACAUUACCGUUCAUAAUCAGUAUCCGCUCAGCUUUUGUCCUGAUACAGCACCAACCCAGAAUCUGUAACCUGAAGGCCGACUCAUCCUCUUUGUCUCAUUAGGCGAACACCUGUUAAUUGGUAUUAGCCGUGUGGAUCCAUAGUGUACUAUCGGACGGGUAUUCUGUACAUAUUGACAGUUAGCCUCAGUCAGUUAUAACCCCAUUGUUUGAACAGUCCUCGACAUAUUUUCAGGAUGUGGGUAAAAAUAGAUAAAGUGUUCCUAAGUAGUGUAGAGUUGCCAUCAGGCGGGUAAUACCUGCCAGCUCGGGGACACGUUUUCCUGGAGAUAACUCUCGACGUCGCAGGAUACCUGUGGGGGUGAGAUACCUGAUAGGUGUGAACAUUUAAUGCCAGACGUGGUACGAAGGAGGAAGACGAUGGCUAAUGAACACGAUAAAGGGAUAGACGUAGCCUGUCACGGAAAGGAACUUUGGUAAUGUGUUAAACUGUGAACCGUGUCAUAUAAAUGUCAAGCUUCCUCUGAGCUAGCUACAUCAGUCGACAAGAGGUAAGGAUCCUUACUGACUACUAACAGGGAUGGCUGACGAGUUUCCAGACUUCGUGAAAGUGCGGUGUAGAUACCGACUGACGACAUUUGUUUCCUCCGAUUUCGACAGCAAGACCAAAUCUAAGGCAGCUAGUGAUGGCCGGAAGAAGGCCACAGUGUUACCUCCCCUGCCCAUUGAGAGGGAGCCAACCUUCCAGCGACAGCCCAGGACAUUACAGUCACUUCAGGGCAACCCUGAUGAGGCAGCAGAGAGCCAUUGGCAGAUACAGAGCAAGAAGGUUAGCAUGGAUGUGGAUAAACGUAUCGUCAACCACCUGAGGAGGAAAAUGAACAAGCGGUUACAGAACCGAUUAACGGCUCUGGACCCUAGCUCAGACGAAGUGUCCAAUAAUGAUGGACAGGAGUGGUCGAACGCGAGAAAGGCGGGCAGUGUGAAGACGCCAAGGAACCAUGAAAACGAACUCUUUAACAAAUAUUCCGAUACCGGGGAGAAGUUAACUGUAAUGCAAAGUCAACGUAAACCGUCUCUUAAAAAGACCAAAGUGUUACACAAUGGACACCACAACGGUCAUGUGAACGGACAUUUCACCAAUACCCAAAAUGGCGUUCACAAAAAGGAGACGAUUAAAAAGGAAAGCAAUAACAACCAUAUUGAUACGACAACGACUCGUUCAAAACGUGUGCCGUCUGUCACUAUUGCUGAGGAAGUGCCGAAACAAAACGGAACCCAUCAAACCACGGACAUUAAAAGUGUGGGGGAAAAUGGUGAAUCAAAAGACACGAAAGUCAAAAACUCAAAUACUAAAUCAUCUACAAAAGACGUAGACCAGUCUGAAAAAACGGACGAAGGGGAGAUUGACGAAGACGAAACAUCUGAUGUGGAGGAAGAGGACGACGACGACGAAUUGUUUGACCUAACAAGACUUAAAACAAAAAUAGAGAGUCCUGAACCGGAAGAGAUAGAAAGCUUCCGGAAACUCAGUGUAAGUCCCGUACAAACCCCGUGCGUGUUACGACCAUUAACCCGUGGGGAAUCCCAGUAUGGCGUUGGGGACAGAAUGACAGACAUUUUGAAAGGCCAUGUGCACCGGAUGUGUCAGCCCGAGAGUACAGUUAUUCCAAUAUAUAUCAGUUCCGGUUUUACAGAUACGUUGGCUGAGAAGACAGCUUUCCAGGAGAAGGUAUCACUUGACCUGAGGGAGUACUGCGCGGCCCGGGGGUACGAGCUAGAGCUGUAUGACCUACACUGGGGUAUGGCGGACACUAUCACGGACGAUCACUCGUAUCCCGACACUUGUCUGGCCGCUAUAAAUGGGUGUCUGGAAUCUAACCCUGGAGUCAACAUGCUCCUUUUGCUUGGGGAGAAAUUAGGACCAUACAUUCUGCCGUCAAAAAUACCCGUGGACGAGUUCAACGCCUUUUACGAUUUUGUUCAAGACUUCCGCCAAAGGGAAAUUGACCUUAUAAAAGAGCAAAUAGAAGAAAUAUCAUCCGCACGAGCUGAGCGCGAGCGUCAGCGUCAGGGAGCCGAGAGCAUCCUUACCGAUGCCACCGACAACUCUGGGGGAGAAAAGGAAGGCAGUGCGAGGACUGUAGGGUCGGGUGUAUCAUCACAAGCAAAGACGAGACGGCAAAACGCCGAUUUGGUUAAGGCUGAGGCCCAGACCAUUAAAAACCUUCAGGAACAGGAGGCAGCUUUGGUUGAUCCCGAAGUCCUCAAGGAAUGGUACAGUCUAGAUGAGAACUGCAUACCCCCAAUAUACAAGUUGGACAACAUCAGCACCCACUACAAAGAUUUUGCCAAUCUGAAGAAGCGGGAUGCGGCAAAGAAUUCGUUUACAGAGGUCGCAAAGAAAAUCCGCAGAAUAUUUGAUGAAUUUACACCUAUGGUGAUCACCGAUCCUUUUGCAAGGAAGACAUAUUUCUCAACCAUGAUUGGCCUGGAGAUAGAGCACGGUAUCCUGGAGACGGACGCGUCCGACAACCAUUGUAUGGUAGUCCAGCGGACCAUCACAGACAUCAGUCGUAACCUCCAUGAUAGCGCGGCAACAGACUUCGUGGACAUAAGUCAGGACAACCCCCAUGCGCUGGACAAAACACAUACAGCCGUCGUCCAAGACCUUAAAUUAGAAACACUGCCAAAUAAGGUGGGAGUGACGAACAUCUUGCCGUACGAUGUCGAAUGGGCAGCCGGAGGAGUCAUAGUCGGAGGCCAUAGGUCACACCAACAUUAUAUGGAGCGCAUGUGCAAACAGGUUACGGAAAAUCUGAAAAGACAACUUUGUUCCUACUUUGAGGAGAGGAAACGAAAGGUGGACAACAAAUCUAGACUGUUUGAUGAAGUAUCGCAACACGUGGCUUUUUGUCACGAAAGAACGAAGCACUUUCAGGGAAGAAAAGAGCUUCUCCAACUGGUGAAGUCUUACCUCAGGUCCAGGUGCCCGUCUCCGCUGGUUCUCUAUGGGAAGGCGGGCUGUGGUAAAACUGCCCUGCUGUGUAAGACGGCCAAGGAAACACACAAGUGGUUCAGAGGACAAAACAUCAGCGUCUUACUGCGGGUGAUAGGGAUCACGACCAGCUCCACAAAUGUGAGAUCCCUUCUACGCGAACUCUGUCUACAGAUGUGUCACGUGUUCGGCAGCAACGAAGACGACGUUCCCACGGACUACAAAGGCCUGAUGAACGACUUUACCCGCCAUUUGUCCCUGGCAACACCGGAUAACCCCAUUGUCAUCAUACUAGAUUCUCUGGAUCGUCUAUCAGAUGACCAUGAUGGAAGAAAACUCAAUUGGCUACCGAAAGAACUGCCGAAGAACGCCUACAUAAUUGUCUCGACCAAUCCAGACGACAAAUAUGAAUGUUUCGAUAGCCUGAAAAAGAGUAUUCCAGAGACUUCAGAGGCCUACAUCGAAAUCCCAGAACUACCAGAACAAGACGCAAUAACAAUCCUUGAACAUUGGCUCAACAAAAGUGACAAAAGUUUCACGGAUGAGCAGUUUGAAUGUCUCAUAGAAGCAUUUAAAAAAUGCCCAAUGCCACUAUUUCUGAAGAUUGCAUUUCAAGAUGCACUGUCUUGGACAUCGCUCACGCCCCUUGACCAAAUAAAAUUUGGAGAUAAUGUGAAAAAGCAAGCAUUGUUCAAAUUCGGAAAACUGGAAACAAAACACGGUGAGCCGCUCGUACGCAGAGCUCUUGGCUACAUAACUGCAUCACGGAACGGCUUAACGAACAAUGAAAUAGUAGAUAUCCUGUCACUGGACGAUGCUGUCAUGGAUGAUGUUAUGUCCGUGUACCACCCGCCUCGCCGCAGGUUUCCAACCAUUCUAUGGGUAUGUCUUCGGGAUGAUCUACAGGAGUAUAUCACAGUGAUAAAAUCACAGCGCAUGCGUACAUUGCAAUGGUCACACGCGCAAUUUAAAGAAGCAGCCGAGGAAAGAUACCUACUCGCUCGAGACAAGGCCGCAUCUUAUCACAAAGCAAUGGCAGAGUAUUUCUUGGGAAAGUGGGCAACAAAGGCGAAACCUUAUCCAGGGAAUGACAAAGGGAUGCUGAGAUACGUCUCGUCGCAGCCCCUGUACUUUGAGCCUGAAGACUCCGUCAAAGAUGGAUCCGAUCGAGUGUACAACCUACGCAGAGUGAACGAACUACCGCAUCAUUUGUUGAAUUCGUCACAGACGGAACUGUAUAAAUCACAGGGACUGUGCAAUUUUGAAUGGGUUCUUGCAAAAUUGUGCGGCACGUCUCUGCGGUCACUCGUUGAGGAGUAUCAAAUUGGCCUGCAGGUAGAUCCAACAGACAUUGACCUGAAGACUCUUUCGGACACAAUUCAGUUAUCAGCCACAGCACUAACUAACGACCCGCGACAGUUAGCCUCACAAAUGAUUGGUCGUCUGCAUGGAAUGAUCGCACGAGACAUUCCAGCAACGGCAGGAGAUCCUCCAAGAUAUCCCUACUUGCAUUCAUUUUAUGAUCAAGCGAAGAUGCCAUCUAUGCUUUCAUUAAUUCCUUCCAUCUCGUGUUUGUCUGAGCCUGGCGGUAUUCUGUUUGACUUGUUGUCUGGUCAUUCUGAACCGAUCACGGCUAUGACAUUGACGACUGAAGGACUGAAGGCAUUGACGGCGUCUGCGGAUAAUACGAUAAAACUGUGGAACAUCCGCACGGGACGAGUUAUGAAAACUAUAGACGGAACGGGAACAAAAGUGAAAUCCAUCAUACCAGCACUAAACAACGCUUUGGUAGCCACUGUGGAAGGGAGCGUCAUACGCGUGUGGAAUAUUCGCUUCAGUCAAUGCGUUUUGACCAUCGACCAUUACCUCGAUCCUCCUGUGGUCGGAACGGCAGGGGAAGGCAAGUAUUUGGUUGCUCUUUUUGAUGGAAUCAACAUAAUGCGAACAUGGAAUUUGAAGAAGCAAAUCAUGCCCAUGGUCUGUGAAGCAAGGAUUGAGGACAACAGUGUGUACAAAGACAAUUCUUUACUGAUUGCCGCAAGUUCCUUUGACGAUAAAGUGUUACACGCAUUCAGAGGAGCAAACAUCGCAAGUGUACAAAAUGCGCGAUCUGGAAAGGUGAUCCAUACCCUCAAAUGCAAUGAAAAAUCUUCCUCUGCGGUCAGUCUUGGAGUCACUAGAGACUAUUACAUUGUUGCAUGCCGUCAACAAUACAUGACCCUCCACGAAAUACACCAGCUUGAACUGUUUGACCUUAAGAAAGGUCACUACCUAAGAAGUGUUAGAGGUUGUACUCACGAUCACAUGACAAGUUUACAUCUUAACUACAUGGGAAGUCAUGCUAUCGCCAUUUGCUGUUCAGAAAAAACGCAAACAUCCGACAUUGCAAUCUGGAAUCUAGAAACAGAGGAUCACAAACAUUUGGCUCGCCAUGCUGGAGUAUCAUUGAUGGGAGCCUGUGUAGAUUUUAAAUAUUGCUUGACAGCAGCAAGGGGAGAUAAAACGCUGAGGAUCUGGAAUCUCAGUGGCAAAGUGAAUCAGUCUAUGCCGAAACUCAAGAAGUCUCUUGGGGUUACUGAAAUUAUCCCUAUGGUGGACAACCCAAGGUAUGUAGUCGCUCGCCAGAUGAACAGCGGACCAAUCAGCGUGUGGAAUGUGGUGAGAGCAAAGAUCUUGCAGAACGCGGUGCGAAUAGAAAGGGGUUUGUCCGAAACGGCAGAUGUUGUCAUUGUGAGAAACACGCGGGUUGUGAUUCUGUCGGACCGCGGAUUCUCAAGUGCCUCUGAUAGUUCCCGACCAGUCUUUCAAACAGUGUUUAUAUACGACCUGAGAGAAAAGAAGUAUUUAAAGAAACUAUCUGGUUGUUACAUCACCCCCUGUCCUGCACAUGAGUACGUUAUGCUGGACUAUGAACAUCUUCUAGGACUCUCGGACAACAGGAGUCACUUUGUUGUGUGGAGUCUUGUCAAUGGACACGUGGUUCGGAGGAUCAAACCAAACCGAGAACUUGUUCAAAAAUCACCAUCAAGUGCUGAAAAGGUAUUGAAUAUUCGAAACUCCAAAGAAGUAAUGACUCCUUGGGAUCUUAGAGCUGAAUCAUCUUCGGCAAAACAGCGACGUCGUGAGGAGGAGGUCGAACAGGAACGUAAACGCCACGAGGAAAUUAGGAAAGAGAAAGACAAUGGAAUCGAACAAUAUAUCAUCAGUGAAAACCAAAACAUUGCCGUAGCAUCCUACUUUGCUCAUCAUCUCUGUGUGUUUGAUAUUGCUAAUGAAAAGCAUCUGCACGUCAUAGAAACGCCCUUUUCAAUGCUGUUUCUACAUAGUGCUGCCUUAACUCCCGACGGAAGCUUCCUUGUCCUCCCAAACUACGACGAGGAGAAAAAGACUAGUUAUGUGACAAUGUGGGACUGUAAUACUGGACUGAUCAAGAAGCGACUCAAAAACGAGAGCAAUGUGAUGGCUCUUGCCAUCCUGGAUGACGGCUCCAGAAUAAUUAUAGGACGCGAUAAGAACGAGUUACACAUCUGGGAUCCAAUGUCUGCAAAUGGUCUGAGAAAGAUUAAAGGCUACCCAGGCCUGCAGUUCGACGCGGACAGCAAGAUAUUUGUCACAAACGGGGGCACCCAGGCUGUGGUGUUUGCUGGAGACAUCUCAGUGUGGGACAUUGAGCGAGCUGUGGUGUUGGCCGUGUUUACACCCGACAUGAGAAUCAAUUGUUGUAAAGUGGCAAUGGAUGGCCAGCUUAUCACCUUCGGACUACACGAUAUCCCGGAUGUGGUCAUCCUUCGUCUGGCUAACAAAGACACGCCAUCUUUGGAAAUUUUAGGUGAGGACAUUAUGGGAGAGAAGGUCGAGGAAACUGAUGAUGAAGAGGAGGAAGAUGAUUGAUUUAAAUCUCGCCAAUUAUUGUGCCAUAAGGCAAACUGUAGUUAAUCUUCAACGUUUGUGGUGUACAUACGUAUUAUAUCCGCCAAAAUGUACCCCAUGCUUAUCGUUGGAACUGAAUACAAAGUGGAAAUAGUUAAGGUUGAAACAAUUAACAAGAUUAAGAAGUGUACAUGGAAUACGUUUGAGAGUAACUGUGAGGAUGUGUACAUUUCUGCUCAAAAUGUACCGCGUGAGCUUACAAUCAAUAUUAAAUUAUCACUGAUGUCAUCAUAAUAUCAUUAGUUAACCGUUAUAUGAAUUUGAAAUGUUUGAAAGUCCAACACAUAGUUUAAAUCAUAUGUUAUGAUCGGUUCAUAUACAUUUGAGACAAACAUGCGUCACAUAAACAAAUACCUUCUUGUGUGUAUUUAACUUUCAUAUUUAAAACUUAAUACGCCAUUUAGUUGUCCGUGCAUUUUUUUCAUGUGAUGUUACAAGCAUAAUCGACAAGCAAUAUUUAGUCUUGUUUUGGUGCUCAAAUUAGGAAAGGUAAGAUGUAUAAAUACUGUAUCUGUGAUAUUACCGCAGAGUGUUGUUAAAAGUGACUAUUAACACGGGCUUUGGCCCCAAUCCCAACAGUAUGUACUAAUUAUACAAAUAUACGGCCCACAGCGGUGGGAAUUAUUGCCCUGUGUCUAUACAUCUAUAGUACAUUUAUUUGUAAUCGGUUCACACAUGCUCAGGAACUGAUAUAUGAUCUUUUAACAGUAAAAACUGUCAAGCAUACAUAAAAUGUUAAAUAACAAUUAUGUAAGUGUAAUAUUUCAGUAGAAACUUUAAUCGUUUAUCAAUAUGUAAAGUACUGAUUUGUUCUCAAUAUUUUUCAUUUUUUUUUUCAACUUGGAAAUGAAUCACUCUCCGUAGGAAAUAUAAUUUAAUCUAAUUCAACAAAAAACAAGAUAGACCGUUUUUUUGCACGUCAAAUUUCCCAUGUGUGUUAAGAAGUACAGUUGUGUAACAAUAAUUAAAUUGGAUGCAUAAAAAAUUAAUUUGAUUUCAAUUGCUUAAUAUCUUAUAUAUCAGCAUAUAUUUAAUUUACAAUUUAUUAAUUUACAUUAAAUGUUUAAAUAGAUGUGAUGCAUGAGCACAUUGUGUAAUCUGCUUUGUCUAAAAAUAGAUUUUAAUCAUUUUGCUGCGUAUAUAAUAAUCAUUAAAUCCAAGGAUUUGCAAAUGAAAUUUUGGCUUGGUGCCAAAGACUUCAUAUAAAAGAUAUAAAUUAUGUUUAUUGAUGAGAUCCCUAUAAAAUAACCAUUAUGGCUAUAACAUUGAAAUACUCAACAUGCAUAACGAUCAGGACAAGUUGAUCAUAUUUAUAGCAGAUGUGUUUGUAAAUCUAGCAUCCCUGUUUAAUCAAUUCAAGCGAUCAAGACCUGACAUCACUAAUCAAAUGCUAUACUGUACAGAGCCGUCAUUACCUUCAAAUAACUGUACACACAAAAUCUCUAAAUACCCCAAUACAUUCUAUUUUGCCUACACAUCCCCAAAUUUACUUGCACUUUCUCUGUACAAAAUUUGUCCACCGUUAUCAAAUUACAUUAAAAGCUAUCUAUAACUCCAGCCAGCAUUAUCAAUGUAAAACUCCAUUUUAAAAUGUCUACAAAUCCACAUACAGCAUUUCCGAUAUCAGACUUUAAAAUCUCUAUAAUUCCAUCCAGCAUUAUCGAUUUGAAACAAUAUUAAAAUCUAUCAAUUAUUCUCUCCUGUGUUAUCAAUGUAAAACUACAUCAAUUGAAGUAUUGACUAUAAUUCCGUCCAUUAUGAUCAAUGACAAACAAAAACUAUGUUUAGUCUAUAUAUCUGUCCAUGGUUAUUGAUGAUAAACAAAAAAAAAAAUGUUUUUUCAAUACAUCCGUCCAUUGUAAUCAAUGAUAAAUAUAAAAAUAUUUUGUCGAUAUAUAUCCGUCCAUUGUUAUCAAUGAUAAACAAUAAAUUGUUUUGUCGAUAUAUCUGUCCUUCUAUCGUCAGCACACAUAAGUAUGAAGUAUUGUGAUAUCACUGUGAUGCAAUCAUUAUUAAUAUAUUUUAUACAUCAAUUUGUACUGCAAUAUAUCUAUAUACAUGUGCACCAUAGAAAUAAACUUUAUUAAAGUACA